AUGCUCCGGUUUCUAUAUUUGAAACACCCUCCGGAUGCAUCUUUGGGCGUUUAUGAUGUGAUCUGGGUGAUAUCUUCCAGUUACUUGAUUCUUAAGCCGACGGAAAACGACGUUUACUUCGAAGACGAGUCAGAUCCCUACGGCCCUGCAGCCCUUGGGCUCGAGGUCAACUUUCUUCACCCACAUUACCUACAAGAAUUCCCGCAAACACCCGAAGACGCCACUCGCGCUGGUGAAGAUGCGGCCAAAGGCUGGAGGAAUUGGUUGGAACAACACAUUGGUAUUCGAACACGGCUGAGAUUAGCAACAAAAGACGUCCCAACUGGGAAACCAGCCUUGUCAGAGGAGAUUUUACAUGUUGCAGAGCACCAACCAACUAAAUUCAUCGGGUUACUUCACUAUCUUUGGGAAUACGAUGGGGAAAGUCUAGCAUCCAACGAAAACCUUUGUCGGCACCUGGGUAGCUUGGAGGUUCUCUGUGAAAGGAGUAGUCGAGAGUCUCUCAAAAACACUAUUUUGCCCACCCCAAAGUUGAGGGAAUUGUCUCAGCGAUAUUUGGAGCCAUCCCAUGGCUCCAGAUUCUUGCAACUCGAGAUUAGCCUGCCCAACACGAUAGGCAGCUGGAGCUUCUUGGCCAAAUUCAAUAUCAUUAUGGAUGAUGAUCUGCUUUUCUACUUGAUCAUACUGAUGAGUAUAGCGUCGAAAGCAGCAUCUCUAUUGAUGAAGCCUACUCGGAUCCUGCGGCUAUAUUCGGCGAUUCAAGCCAAGUGUCUGGCCAGCAAUGAUAUUUCCAAGGCGCUUGAAGAUGUGAGGCGCGUUUUCGCAGAUUCUCCUCUCAUGUAUAUUCCUUCUACUCCCGGAGAAUUUGGCACCUCUCCGCAAUGGGUGGUAGCGACGCGGAGCUGUCUGCUUGAUGCGCCAGCCGACAUGAGGCAUAGGCUACCACUUGACGCAUUGUAUAGCCAGGCCUUUUCGGAUGAUGCCAGCAAGUCUUUGUCCACAGUUUUGACUUUUUUUCGCGAAACUGUCAAAGUUCCAUCCUGCGAUCAUAUGGCUUUUGUCCUUGAGUUGCAACACUUGAAGGUUAACAACUGUAUGGAUAUGCCACUCAUUCGAAGCCACUACAAGAGGCUCCGAAAGUGUAUUUCAUCGAAAGAAGACGAUAUAGAGGAGGUCAGGAAGUGGGUUGCGGACAAAGCGCUGGUAUUCUACCAGCCAUGCAAUGACGGCGAGCCCACGUGGUACAGCCCAGCUGACUGUGUCUGGUCGACCGAGGCGGGACUCCGCGGUAAGGCCAAUCUGCGUGAGCAGUACCCUGACUUGAAAGAGUUCUUCGUGGACCUGCUUGGGGUUGACUUGCUCAAAAUCAACAUGAUAUACGAGUUGCUCCUGCGACUAGACACCAACAGUCGCGUCGAUUAUCAAGAAGCAAAGACGCAACUCCUUGCCUUCAGCAGCCUUCUCCCGAUGGCACCAGAAGAAUUGUUGGAGACCAUGAAGCCGAAGAAGCUUGUGAGGCAAAACUGCUUGCCAGUUACUUGUCCGGAUGUAGGAGAGAAGCUUGUCGGCGCCGCCACCGAGUUCAUGAUUAUUGACCGCCAGGGGCCGAUGGCAGAAUUCCGGCACCAGGUGAGGGUGCUGGACUUUGGCAUGGAGGAGGUGCAUGAACUGCAGGCUUUUAUCGAGUGGGCUGAUCUUACGGGGCGGUACCUUUCGAAGAUGGUACGAGAGGUGCCUUGUCUUGGGGCUGGGCCAAAGGUUCCCAUCGGCAACCCUUUGUUCGAUAUCAGAAAGAAGGCACAUGAGAUUUUGAGGGUGGCCAAGUUCUUUCGCAGUCCACGGUAUCAAGAGGGCAAUGGGUGUAAGCUCUAUGCGCAGCUGCGUGGGGCGCAGACCUGGGAGACAGACGACAUUUCCGCACAGCUUGUCCUGGAAAUGGACGGGGAAAGCUAUGUUGUGCCGCUGGAAAAGAGCGAUAUGUACAUCGCCGAAGAAGGCGAGGAAGGGGAGACCUCUCCACCAUCCUGCUUGACGAUCUAUAUCCCGCAUGACGAGAUUGAUCAGGAUGUGUGCAUCCAGCACAAAUUGCCUUACAUGUUGAUGGAGUGGAUUAUGACGGAUCCCGGGACGGGAAAGACGAAGCCGGUGGAUGGGAGAGCGGUCAGGGUGGUUACGGCAGUUUUGAAUGCCAAGUUUGCGUCGUUGCCGCGAAUUCUGGAGCGUGAAGGAGUUCAUGAUGUUGAUGUUCCUGCUUUAGUAGAAGACCUUGAUGAAGACGAGGAUGAGAGUGUCCCAGAGGCUGAGGAGAAUGCUGGUGUCCUCGAAGACGAUGUUCAGGAAAGCCUUGGAGAUGAUGAGAAAGGCGAUGUAUACGAGGGAGAUGACGUCUUUGAUGGAGUCGAGGGGCUGUCUAAUAUUGGUCCGGAAGAGGCUGCCCACGUGUUUGAGGGAGACGACGUCUUUGAUGAUGUCGAAUACUCUGAUCAUGACGAGAUUGCUCAGGACGAUUCUGCUGCACACGAAAACGGAUUUGCCGAUGAGGACGAGUGCGCUGAUGCGGAUCAGAUCUUGGAUGAAGUUGAGCGUGAACUUGAUGGUUUGAGCAUUGAACCACGCAACCCCCCCAGAUCGGUCGCGGUAUUGUCAUCCUCACCAUCAACACCUGCGGGUCGUGGCAUAAUCUACACGCCACUUGGAACGGAACCCGAAACACCUCUCAGAGUCCCUGCCAACCCCGGAAAUGCGCGCUGGUCUCCGAGCGGGAAUUUUGCGACUCCUCAGACAGGAUACUUUCACCCAUCCCCAAACUGGAGGUCAGGACCCCGGGAACUAAACUCUACUCCAAGCUCAAGCAAGCAGCAGUAUCGGGAACUCUUGAGCCACAUGGUAUCAGCUGGCCAGCAGUUGCGAUUCCCAGACUUCGGCAACCUCGACAUAUCACCUUUGAGAGGCCAACUCCCCCCCACCAAAGAUACUGCAAACCCUCUCUGGAUGUUCUCGACUUGGCAACAGGGUGCCGCCGGUGAGCUCUUUAUUCUUGAACUUCUCAAGACACUGGAGCCCAAACUGCCAGGUCUCUGCGCAGAGGUCAACUGGACGAGCAAGCUCCGAGGCCAUGUCACUGUCCAUCCAACCUAUGCCAACCUAGUCGCUUGGUCAGGGUUUAAUGAGACAUCCGACCUUGAAUAUUUCGAUUACACUGGCGCUUUCACGACUCUCCUGACCGAAAAGGGGUACCUUCCUCGAUCGUCCAACACCAGCGAGCAAGCCGGGAACCCGAUGCAGCCGAAGAAGUACUACAUUGAAGUGAAGUGCACAUCUCAGGGCUGUGACGAGCCAUUUUACAUGAGCUCUGACCAGUAUAACAAGGCAAUCUGCGACCAGAAAGGCGCUAUGUACAUUAUCUUUCGAGUGUUCAACCUCUACACUGACAGGAUUGAUGUCAGGCUGUUUGUGAAUCCUUCUGCGCUUGAGAGGCAGGGGUUGUUGAGGUUCUCGCCGGAGAGGUAUAGUGUUAGGGUGACGCCAUAG